AUUUGCUUCCGCUUCCGGUCCCGGAAUCCCAUCCGCACCGUGAAGAGCUUUGCAUUGUGGGAACAUUUUCCUUUCUCGCUCCCCGGCCAUCUUGGCGGCUGCUCUUGGUUGGGGGCUGUCCCGCUUCUAAGGCAGGAAGAUGGUGGCCGCAAAGAAGACGAAAAAGUCGCUGGAGUCGAUCAAUUCUAGGCUCCAACUUGUUAUGAAAAGUGGAAAGUACGUGCUGGGAUACAAGCAGACUCUGAAAAUGAUCAGACAAGGCAAAGCGAAACUGGUCAUCCUUGCGAACAACUGUCCAGCCUUGAGGAAAUCUGAAAUAGAGUACUACGCCAUGUUGGCCAAGACUGGUGUCCAUCACUACAGUGGCAAUAAUAUUGAGUUGGGCACAGCGUGUGGAAAAUACUACAGAGUAUGCACACUGGCUAUCAUUGAUCCAGGUGAUUCUGAUAUCAUUAGAAGCAUGCCAGAACAGACUGGUGAAAAGUAAAUCAUGCAAAAUUUUUCUUUAAUAAAACUGGCCAGAGCUCGGUUUAAAAACUGUA